GGGGGACCGGGGUCAGGCGUAGUGGGGGGCCCGGAGGAGGGGGGGGUCUGGUGGAGCCUACGCCGCUGCCCAACUCUCUCACCUCCUCCGUGGCCUCCCUGUGGCCGCCCUCGUCCGUGGACGACGCCCUCCUGCAUUCGGCCAUGCCCACCAUCAAUGGCUCUCUGGCAUUCCAUGGCUUGGGCCCCAGCAACCCCGGGGGGCCGGGAGCGGGUGGGCCUUCACCCCUCUUCAGCACCAGUCUCGGGCCACAGCUGGGGCUGGGCCCAACAGCACCGCAAAAUCCGCAGCAGCGUAGGAACAUGCAGCAGCCAGCCCCCAACUUCCCAGGUCAGGCCCGGCCCCAGUCAUUGGGUUCUGCGCCUGGUCCGCAGGGGCCAUUCCUGCCCAACAAAUACCCCUCGUCGUGGUCGUCGGGGCUAGGCUCGCAAGGCAGUGCCUGGUCACCUGGCCCCUCCCCCCAGGGCAACUCAGGGGGGCCCGGAGGAGGGCCAGGGAACGGCUCAGGCGUUCCCCCCCUGCCGUGGUCAGCCCGCGGAAGGGGAGGGAUGGGAAGCAUGGGUGGCAUCAGCCCCUUGGGUCACAACCUGGGCAGCAUGUCGUCCCAUGUGUCAGUGCCAAGAAAAACCUCAAACCUACCCAACACGCAAUCCAUGGUCAUGAACAAAUUCCGACGUUCAACGAGCUAUCCUGGAAAGGGGCCCUUCCCCAACCCUCCUUCCUUCGAGAUCACCGGAGUCGACGACGGCGGCUUCCCACGCGAUCUGCUUCAGUUUCCGCAGGACGCGCGCAACGGCACGGGCAACGGCACGGGCCCGCUGGACAACAUGCGCGGCUUCGAGCACUGCCUGAACGACAUCAUGAGGGCCGACCCGCACGACCACAUCAAGGGUUUCAUGAAUUGCGGCAACAACACUCUGCAAGCUCUGGCACAGUUGCACGGCCGUGGAUACACUCGUAGGAGAGGUAAAGGUGGCUUCCUAGGCAUGGAGGAUGGCGGAGUCCUUCUGGACGAUGGGCACCUGGUGGAUGGCCUCAGUGCCCCCAUCCCCCUGCCCUCACCCUCCCGCUCCUCCCCGCGCUCUCAGGGCUCGGAAAACGGCGAGCGCUUCUCGCGGAAGGUCUUCGUUGGAGGACUCCCGCCAGACAUCGACGAAGAGGAGAUAACAGCAAGUUUCCGUCGCUUUGGUCCCCUGGUGGUGGACUGGCCCCACAAGGCAGAGAGCAAAUCCUAUUUCCCUCCCAAGGGGUAUGCCUUUCUCCUGUUCCAGGAUGAAAGCAGCGUACAACAGCUAAUAGACGCCUGUAUUCAAGAUGAUGACAAACUGUACCUGUGCGUGUCGUCGCCCACCAUCAAGGACAAACCUGUUCAGAUCCGGCCCUGGCGACUCUCCGACGCAGAUUUCGUCCUCGAUGCCUCGCUUCCUCUGGAUCCUCGCAAGACAGUGUUUGUGGGAGGAGUGCCGAGGCCUCUCAAAGCUGUCGAACUUGCAAUGAUAAUGGACCGUCUGUAUGGUGGAGUGUGUUACGCAGGGAUCGACACAGACCCUGAGCUGAAGUAUCCCAAGGGGGCAGGACGAGUUGCUUUUUCUAACCAGCAAAGUUAUAUUGCUGCCAUUAGUGCCCGAUUUGUUCAAUUACAACAUGGCGAUAUUGAUAAAAGGGUUGAGGUAAAGCCAUAUGUUCUAGACGACCAAAUGUGUGAUGAAUGCCAGGGUGCACGUUGUGGGGGAAAGUUUGCCCCCUUCUUCUGUGCCAAUGUAACCUGCCUGCAAUACUACUGCGAACACUGUUGGCAGACUAUCCACUCCCGGCCGGGACGCGAAUUCCACAAGCCGCUAGUCAAAGAGGGCGCCGAUCGGCCCCGCACCGUACCAUUCAGAUCUCCAUGGCGGUGGCACCGAGAACCUGGAUGGUGCCUGACAAACAAGUAAAAAGAAGAAAUUUGCCAUAAAUUAGCGACCACCCCAAUGCCUGCCAACUGCUGUGGGCGCAAAUAAAAGAUAAAAAAAAAGAAAAGAAUGAAAGAGAAAGAGAAAAAAAAGGAAAAGGAUAUCAAGAAAACUUCAAGCAACUGAGUCAAGCAGUCCUCAAGCAAAGUCAGUAAUUCCCCACUACCCCCCUCCCACUGGAUGCCUCUUUUAUAUCUCACAUCCAACACUGUAAGCAAAAGCCAUUAUUUACCACUAUCAAAAAAAUGUCAACAAGCAAAACCAAACAAAACACAAAAAAAAUAUAUAAUGAUAAUAAUAAAUAAUAAUAAUAAUAAUAAUAAUGCCAUGUUCGUUGUGGCGUGUAAUAGGAGCUUCACGUGUCUCUGUGUGUGGGUGAACCAAAGUGUGCCGUAGACUAAUUGUCAGCCCAGUGCUUAUCCCCAGAGGCUUAGCUCUUUCUUCCACAUGAUGGCCAUUGGAUAGCAUUGCUCACUUGUGAUAGAACGAUGUUUGUACACUCUCUUUUUCUAGCUGGGCCAGAUUUUUCUACUUCGCAGUUUUUUCAUCAACAACUGGCAGGAGAAGCACACGGGCUGAUAAUUCUGACGUAGUUUUAACCCAUUGUAGUAAAAAAAGUUAAAAAAACAAGUUUCUGUACAACGGAAAUAUUUGUAGUGUCUUUCACAAGCUUACCCACAGAAUGGCUUACUUGCUAAACAGUGAGAUAUACAAAAAAUAUACAGCCAACUUAAUCAUUUUCUCAGAUGUCAACAUAAGUCAGCCUUGUUCCAUUAUUGUGUAAUAAGAGUUUUUCAAAAUUCAUUGUGCGACAUAACCCCAAAGAUUACUAUGGUGCAUAUGUAAGCAUUAUUACUGUAAUGUAAUAGGAUGGUGUUUUAUAAUUUUUAAUAUCAGUAUAGUUACGGCUUGUGCUUCAGUGCUAUUCAAAUAUAUAUAUUAAUAACUGAUAGGAGAUGUUUUCCUAGAGAGCAGAGAAGUCUGUAACUUCUUUGGGUCAGAAGAUAUGAUGAUAAGAUCAGUUAUCUCCAAUUAUUUUUAGACAUUUUCUGUGGCGACGACGUACAUGGUCCCAUCUUAGUAUGGGCCACAUCAACCAGUAUCUUCUUAUAACCCUAAGAGUCAUGGACCAUCACUGGCUCAGAAGUACAUGUCUGACUCUGCAGAAGUCUGUACAACUUAUGAGGUAGUUCUGUGUGAUGUGCCAGCCUGAUUUGACCUGUUGUUUGUAUCCUAAUGAAGCAGAUUUUCUAUUUUGAAGUGAUAGAAAAUGAACUUCGUGGACAUUAGACUCUUGAUUCAACAUAGCUGAUCACAUCAUACAUUAAUUGAAGAUGCAGGAGACCAAUGUAGAGGGAAGGCUUACCUUGACUUGCCUGUUGUAACAUCAGAUUUGUUUGCUCUGGAAGUAUGAGUCAAAGAGGAGGGCAAAUUGCUUUUUAAUUCUAAAAGAGAGGGAAAAAUAAUAACAACUAUUUGAUUGGUAGUAAGCAUUUAAUGUAAAUUUUAAGGUAGGCACAAAGAUUCUGUCCAUCAACAAUGAAGCUUGAAGGCUUAAAUACUAUUGGAAGUGGGUCUGUGGCAGUCUCCUGCUGUCUAGGCUGUAGUCAGUGGCAGGUUAAACAUUAUUCAAGGCAAGCCUCGGGGAUCCCCUUGGCUCUAGGAAUCCAUAGGUACUGUACUUUUGGGGCUGUCAAGGACAAGGCAGUUGAUAAAAAAUGUCUUGGUUACUAAAUACCUCUGUAAGCCAUGUCCAAUAUCUCUCUUUUCCCCUGCAAGUUAUUCUUUGCAUUCUGGCUUGUGAUGUAUUAACUGCUAUGGCCUGGAUACCCCAACCCAUACCACUGUGUCGUGCUGCAGCUGUUGGUUACUCUACAAACACUUUUUUUACAUCUUUUGUCUGUAAUACCCGAUACCUCAGAACCCUUGAACCUACUUCACAUGUGCAUAUUCUUUUGUACUUUCUCAACUGUCUCACUCUGGCUGUGCUUUUAAAAACUAGAAUGUUCUGACUCUUUUACUGAUAUCCAGCAAAGCAUGGCAAAUCCCCUUGAAAUAAUUCAGGUAUCAGCAAUUGUAGAAACUGAUGAUUUUUGUAGAAGUACUUUCAAGUUCAACUGGUACUGUAAUAAAACAGGAUUUAACAAAAGCAGCCAAAUCAUAACAAGAAAUCCUAUGGUAAACAAAGUGUCCACACCUUCUUUAUACCGAGAAUGACAGUCAGUGUACUUACUUUUAUACUUCAUCUGCUCUAGCCUGAUAGAGUAGCCAUCAGCAUUGUGCGUGUGUGAUAUGCAGAUUUUUGCACUAGGAUAAUUUUGAUCCAUAUAGAAUUUGUAUUUUUGCGUGUUUGAAUUUUGAUACUGUCCUUGUUAGUAAGUUUAUCAUCUAGCAUAUGCGGGUGUUUUUGUGACAAGUUAACAGUUCUAGUUUUUUUGUCUUUUGCUGUUACUAGUACUGUGUAAGAAAAGACCUGCAACUUUUGUAGGGAUUAAAAAAACUUUGUAGCUAAAUAGUUGAGACUGUAAUACUGUCUCUAUUACAGUUUCACAUAUAGCUUGCUUGCGAAGUUAAACACAGAAUGAAGAUAUAGAUUGCAAUGAUGUAUGCAGAGGACUCCUUAAAUGUGAAGUGGUUGAAACUUUGCCAGUUAAGAGAUUGGCGAGCCAGUGACUUCGUGUUGAUAAAUUGAGGGGCAAUCAACCCUUGCCUCAUAAAGGGGAUCAUUGCAAAAAAAGAGAGAGCGAGAGAUUGAGAGAGAGAGAGAGAGAGAGAGAGAGCAAGAGAGAGAGAGAGAGAGGGAAAAAAUAAGAAAUAUAAUUCUGCAUGUUAUGUAUCUUUAGCGUGGUCAUUCUUGUCGAAUUAACUGGCUUGUCAUAUUGACUUGAUCUCCUAUUUUAUGAAAAAAACCAAAGAAAAUAGCACACAACAUUGGCUAAGCAAUGUGGAGACAACAUAUCCUGACCCAGAUUUUAUCACGGUGAGACUCUUAGGGCAUUCAGUCACCUCCCCUGAGGACCUUGUCUGCAAUAUGGCGGAAUUUGAUAAUUUGCGUUCGCCUCAUUUCAUAGAGGCUGGGUAACACUGUACAUAGACUCAUCCCCAUUUCAUAUCCAUUUGAAUACAUGAUUGCAUUGUGUCGCUAGUGAGUGUAGAUUUACAUGUAUUUUUAUUAUGAUAUUUUCAUUUCAAAGAAGACAUAGGCAGUUAUAUUUUUAUGUUGUCAUUUUCUUGUGUAUCCUUUCUUAAUGGAAAUGCAUGAUUUUUAUAUUAAUGAAGUGUUAUGUCUUUUUGCUGGCUUUUAAUUGAUGGAUGUACAGUAUAUAGCUGAGGUGAACUUUUUGAUAUUUGUACAUACUAUUUUUUUACUGAACCGUCUGUGGAAGAGACUCUACCUGCUCAAUGUGAGAAUUUGGGGUUGGGGCGGUAACUGGGGAGGUGAUUGUGCGCAGUGAAUGCCCUUUGAAAUCUCGUAUAAGAGCAAUAGUGGGGUCGGAUGGCAUGUCCAUUUCUAUUUUAGAAAAAUGUGAAAACAUGUUUAAAAAAAAAUUUUUACACACUUUUCUAGAGGUUUGACUUGGGGACUUUCAGAAAACUUUAUAUACUAUUGCUUUCUCACUAUGAAUAGUAAAUAUGAAUGCAUUCAUAAGCUUUUUUCAUCUUUUGAGUGAAAUGCUACACUCAAGACUUAGGUAGGAAUAUUACACAUGUACUUUAAUCUUUUUCCUUGAAUCUAAAAAUAGUCAGAACUGGGUUAGGUUUAGACAAUCAGAAUUCAUAGGGUUCCUUGCCCUCCCUUGGUUUUUUUUCAUGGAAGAGAUGGCUGUUGAUGACCAGAAGGUAAAGUGCCAUGAUACCAACUAGCCCAUACCAAGAACAAGAAGGUGGCGAGGGCAGAAAAUAGUCCGAGUGUGCUGGCCUGUCCGAUGUUUCAGCAUGAAUCCCGUCGUGGAUUUUUUACGUCUUUGAAUUUAUUAUUCAAGGCUCGGUGUGAUUCUUAAUAUUUGUGACUUUUGAGUUUUUAUAUAUAUUUGUAGUCUCCAUGGAGGUGUCUAGUCAGCAUUAUUGGUGUAACUGUGAAAUAGCUGUUGUUCAACAUCAAGGGGGCUUUGAGUUUGUAGCACGAUCUCAGUAACUAACAUUCUGCAUUGUUUCUCAAAGCCCUCUUCUGACCUUACUGCAGUAUAAACAAGCUAAGCAAAUCAGUGUUGAGAAUACUUGCAGCUUUGUCCCUUAGCUUUUUGGCUCCCGUUCGGAGAUUCAGGUGGAAUCCUUAUUCCAAAAGAAAAUUGGUAUAUCUGUAAAGUCUUGAUGGUUUUAAGCUCUUUGCUUUACUGCCUUGAUUUCAAUAUAAUUAGAAGAAAGAACUAAACUAUAUUGCUUGCAGUGUUUAGGUUUUAAGAUAUCUUCAGGUUUAUGAUGUUUUUUUCUUCUUUUUUUCAUUACUAUGGCAAAAGAUCUGAAGUUUUUUUUUUUUUUUUAGGGAGUUUUAUAUACUGAAGAAAUAAAUUAAUGGGCUUUCCGACUAAGCAGAGUUUAUAAUUGGCAAUUAAUUGUUGAACAUGGUCAAGAGAGCCACUGUACACUGAUAUUUAUUUAUACUUCAAAACUACUGUACUUGGCUCACAAGUUAAGGUUUCUCCAUGUAAUUAAAGUUCAGCCAUCUCUUCCCCAGGACUGUUAUCUCUCUCUCAUCCACAUUUCCCUACUUAUUAUCUCUUCCCUUGAUUAUUAUUCUAAAAUGCUAUUACAACAUUGUGUGUUUGCUUAGUUUCUCUCCUAAACCACUGUGAAUAGUACAUGUCACAGUAACCAUUCUUCUGAACUGUAGGCUGACAGGCAGUGAGUGUUGUUACUGUUCACUGGCCGAACUAUAGUCACUUAACCACUGUAUUAUUAGGCAGGCUCUGGAAAAUGCUUUGUGUAAUUUCUUUUAUUCUUUUUUUUUUUUUUUUUUUUUUUUUUUUUGCGUUUGUUGUCUCUCUCCCCCACUAUGUUAAAUUUCUUACCAUUUGAGAAUACUUUAUCGCUGUCAAACAGUUUUUCUGCUUGCUUCUGGAGGCUGCAGUAUCUGUGCAAUUGGCCAUUAGCUCCUGGUGCUGAAUUUCAAGAGUCAUAUGGUGUUAGUAUUUAAAAGUGAGAAGAACUAGAAAAUAAUCCCAGGGAAUUUUUAUUACAAAUGCUUAUUUAUAUAUUUUUCUUUCAAGAUAACCAGAUGAGGUGUGUGUGCUGCCUUUGGAUCCAAAGUAAUGCUUUUAUCACCUUCUUUUCUUCUAAGCAUGCCUUGCAUUAGCUUUAACUUUAUAUAUCUCACGGAUAUGUUCUAUUUUACAGAGUAUUUUUCUUUUUAUAAUAUACAGUUUCUUGCAUAAUGGAGUAAUUGAUAUUUUUUUUAUAGUUUCCAGAUUAAAAUGUAUUUAUUCUUUCUUCUUAUUGUUGUUCAAGUUUACUAUUUCAAUAUUGCUUCUGAAGGUGUGAGGGAUGGAAUAGGAAGUGUAACAGUGGAAGAGAAAAGAUAUAUAUGUAAUAUUUUAAUGUACCAAAAAGUUUUUUUUGGUAAGGCAAGGUACUCAAUACAGCAUCAUUAAUUACCUUACCGAUCCUUUGCAUGUUUCUAACGAGAUUUCAAGUGAUAAGAAAUAGUCAUAGUGAAUUUUCUUUCUUCCAUUUAUCUAUGAAACAAUAUGUAAAACAUCAUAAAUGUAUAAACUGCAUAUAAAAAUUAUCAAGGUAAAUUAGUUUUCUGAUCCAUACAAUUCCGAUCCUUUACUUUUCCGAGCGAGUCCCUGUAGGGUCAGGUACAAGCACUUGUACAUCUAAAUGUACUUGUUAAACAGGUAUGAGUGUUAGAACAGAGUGAUAGUAACUGGGUGUUUGCUUUGCUGAGUUUAACAAGUUGUAUAACUUGCAAAAUCAAUAUGGUUAAUUUAUUUUAUUCACUGUACUGUUCAAAUGCCCUCAUUUAAUGUAAGCAUAACUAGUGCCUGCCUGUAAUUGUGUUUGGUGAGAAACUACUGUAUGUCUAUUAAAGAUUUGAUACACUUUCCUCAGCUCUUUGAACUAAAGCAGAGAAGAGAGCCAGCUACAAUAUGUGCAAGAUGGUUGACCUAGUUUCUUAGAAGAAAACCUAACCAAACUCUACUUUUGAAGUUGGCAGAUAUAUAAGGAUCAAGCAGCUGAGGAACGUGUUGCCAUAUUUUUGUGAAACAUGCAGAAUAAUUGUAACAAGAAAAGUGUGAUACGAGGAGAUCACUCACCUAUACCCAUGUCGAGGUCCUGUUUCCAUGUAUGUGAUUGUUAAAGUAGUCAUGUUUUAUACUUGUUUUUGCUUUUAUAGAUAUUUUUUUAAUUUUUCUAAUUUAUACUUAGUGUUAUCUUGUAACCAAAGUUGUUGUAUAUGUUUUGCAACUUUUGUAAUAGUACUGAUGAUGAUAAUAUCUUAACUUAGAAGAUGGUUAAUGAAGGGGUUGAAAAGCUUACAGAAUUCACUAGUCUCAUUAGGGUAUGGGAAGUUUAGCAUCAUUUGCAUUUUCAGUCGCUAAGUCUACCUGCAAAGCUUGCUUGUGAGCAGAUCCAUAAAUAGACCCUGGAUUUCUGUUAGGUCCAAGGAUGGUAUAGGAAAGUUUUAAUAGUAAAGAUGUUCCUUACAUGUUGAUCCAUCCUGUAUCAGAGACUUUCUUAUUAGCUAUUGCAAAUGUACUUGAGGAAUGCCAGGGCCUGCAGCUGUGCUGUAAUGGUUUUACAAUUUAACAUCGUUUUUCUGCUUUUUAUGAUAUAGUAGAGAUUUUUGCUAAUCUCCUUUUUGUAAGAGUGUCUACAAUGUACAGUAGCUACCAUGAUGGCGCAGAAGUCUCGGUAAGGAGGCAGCGUCCUGCAUGAUGCCACAAACAGGGAAUUGUGGGAGUCACCUGAAGGAUGCAAAGUGCCCAAAACCUCUUAAAUUGUGUGAUAUACAACACACCCUUCAGUCAACCACACCAUGUCGAAUGGUGAAUCAUCUAUUGGCCAUUUUUAUAAUCUUAAUUCUUAUUUAAUUCUUAACACAUUAGUAGUAAUACUGACAAUUUUUAUUGUCUGCACAGAAAUUAAAAUUGUUAUAACUUUUUAUAGAAUUUCAUCAAAUCUGAUGUCACCUCUUAAGCAACAAGUUGUUAUAUGCUCAGGUACAAGAAUGGUGUAAACCUUUGCAACAUUUGCAAACUGUAAAACAAAAAUUUAUAAUAUUAAUAUGCUGUAUACUUCCCUGGACAAAGACUUAUGUAAUAUCAAAAUUGGAUGUUUUAUGUUCCCAUGCAUGUAUAAAGGAGGAGGCAAUGUUUGUUGUUUAAUGAUAGAAAUAUUGUAAAAUUAUUUUUGUUUGGGAUUAUUUUUGUGCAUUGAACACUAGAAUCCUAGUUGAGGGCAGUGUCUCUCUAUUGGCAGCCCAGGUAACCCAUUUAGUCACUUUACCUGAGAAAUUAUCAUGUAUAUGAGUAACCGGUAUAUAAAUAAUACAUUAUAUAAUUUAAGCAUAUAUAUCUAUAUAUAUUGGGUAAAAAAAAGGCUGUCAGUAGGGACUCACUCCCUGCUCAUGUCAGUGGUAGGCGGAAGCUGGCGAAGAGACAUGGUGGAGCAUCCCCAAUAGUACACGAUGAUUGCUACUAUUAUCAUUACUAUAAUUAUUACUACUAUUACAGCUGCUACUGCUGCUAUUGUGCCCAAUCCUGAAAGCCACCGUAGGCCUGCCAGCUGUGAGAGGGUUUGAUAUACAAUGUUUCAUCAAGUUGAAAUUCUGAUUGUUGUAAUAUGAUGACCGCUGAGUGUCUUUCAAUUAUGUUUUAAUUUAAAUAUUGUGUUGUGUGUGGAACCAGGUUUAUCAUUGGUUAUUGUCAUUUUUUAUUCUCUGUGGAAAAGAAGACCAUUGUGACAUUCAUAUUAUGAUAAUGGCCCCUGUGAUAGGCUGGCAGGUCAGGAGGAAAGCGGUAUGUGCUACCAAGGUGGUGUCGCAAGGCCUGCCUGUAGUCUCUCAGCUCUUGCCCAGGAUUUCUCGCCUGAAUUUAUAUAUCUGAUUGGCAGGCGACACAUGUGCAGCAAUGAGCAUGAUGAUUGCGAUGAUAAUGUUCUUUUUCAUCGUCAUGAUAAUAGCCAGUUUUAUAGCAAAUUUUUGCUAUUUUCACUCAUUUUUGUUAUUUCUCCACCAUGGACAAUACCUAACUUUUUGUAACUAUAUGGAUUUUUAUGCGUGUUUGGUGAAGCAUUUUCUAAUUUUUGUAAGUAUGGAGUAACUGUGGCAGUGACGGUGGGGUUUCCAGUCUCCGCGGUAGGUUAAGCUUGUGGGUAGCGACAGGCAUAAUGUGUGCCGCUCCCGAGUGCCAUCCGUGGACCACAGAGUCAUGACCCCACUUGCCACCUAGACUUAGUUUUAAUUUUUGUUGCCCUUAUACAUUUUUAUGUUUUAUAAAAUAACAUGAAAAAUAUUUAAAUAUGUUUUUUAAUGUUGUGUGGAAAUUUUGUGAAUGGGUAGUCACCAAGAUUUUUCUACAUUUUCUUACUUUGAUACAAGCGCGGUCCACUGUGUACGUGAAGCCGCUCAUGCCUUGUGUUUGGACUCCUUUUGUACACUGAGGUGAGGUACAUAGCGCUGUACAGCAGUGUGACCUGUUCCAUGUUCAUUUAAUCUGUAGCUUACCAAUAAACCUGUUUACUUAC